AUGGAGUUUCACAUAGAUUGCACCCAACGAAAUCUCACAGAAAUCCCGCCCUUACCAACUCCGAUAGAUGGGAAGCCAGUGCUUCGUUUUAGUAAUAAUCAUCUUAAAGCUCUGCCCAGCAAUGCCAAGGAAAUACCCGGCUAUAAUCAACUGCAAGCUCUCGAUGUGGCAGCCAAUGAGAUCACGAGCCUCGGCAUUCAACAGCUGCCACAGAGGCUGCAACACCUCAGCAUUCGUUUCAACAACAUCACAGACCUCGGCAAGAAGGUGGUCGAAUAUCUGUCCAAACACGUUUCCAUCCAUCGCUUUGGCAAUAAGUGGUUUGCCGAUUGCGACGACAAGGUCCUCUUGGAGUACACCUACUCGAUUAUAAACUUUAGGGGGAAGAAAGAUCCUGAAAUCAAUCAUUUUCUUAGAGAACGUUCGGAGAGAAAUCGAUUUUCGGAAAAUCCCUGGAGCUGUUUUUGGGAGACACGAUUUCUGAUAUCCUUUAUGGGCAAACGCGAGUCCAUGAAAUAUAUAGCGCCACUGGACUAUCAAGACUUUCGCGGCCCUUGUCCCGAUGUUUGCAGCUGCCUCCUUACCUACUAUCCCACGGAAUUCAUCGUUGACUGCAGUGGCGAAGGCCUCUCGGAGAUACCACCAUUACCCACGCCCAAAGAUCGUCCAACGACCCUUUUAUUUCAAAACAAUAAGCUCCGCGUAUUGCCCAAUGAUUCGAUGCCAGGAUACGCAAGUGUGGGUCGACUCUUUCUGGACAACAAUCGACUAACGGAACUCGAUAAUCUUCCACGAAAUCUCUCGUAUCUGGACAUACGAAACAACAGAAUUGCUAUAAUUAACAGGAAGACUCUAGAUAUCUUUGAAAAGAGAACGAAAUCGUCAGAUCUGAAGCUAUUCCUGUCUGGAAAUCCCUGGGCUUGCACUUGCGAGGAGAAAGAUUUCUUGGGAUUCGUGAAGGGAGGUGGUCCCAGAAUCGGAGAUGUUACAAAUAUCACCUGCGGAGACACAGGGAACCUCCUGAUCGAAGCGGAUGAGAGUUCAGUAUGCCCCUCUGGCUUCGUGCACUAUGUGACCCUCACUGUUUCGUUUAUGUUAAUGAUCUUGACCAUAAACCUGAUGAUUUACUUCAAACAGCCCCUCCUGAUCUGGUUCUUCGAGCACGGCGUAUGCCUGAGCCUCGCUGCACGACGGGAACUCGACGAACGGAAGAAGUUCGAUGCAUUUCUAUCCUUCACCCACAAAGACGAGGAUCUGGUUGAGGAGUUUGUGGAGAGACUGGAAAAUGGCUCCCAGAAGUUCCAACUCUGCUUCUAUCUGCGCGACUGGCUUUUGGGCGUGUCUAUUCCAGAGUGCAUCAGCCAAUCUGUGAAGGACUCAAGGCGCAUCAUAAUUCUGAUGACGAACCACUUCCUAAAGUCCACUUGGGGGCGACUGGAGUUCCGCCUCGCUCUGCAUGCCACCUCCCAGGAUCGAUGUAAGCGCCUUAUUGUGGUCCUCUAUCCGGAAGUGGAAAACUUUGAUGAUUUGGACAGCGAACUGCGGACCUACAUGGUGCUGAACACAUACCUCAAGCGAGAUGACCCCAAUUUCUGGAAUAAGUUGAUCUAUUCGAUGCCCCAUAGUAUACAGGGAGAGCAGCCCUAA